AUGGCGCACAGCUGUCGGUGGCGCUUCCCUGCGCGGCCCGGAGGGAGCAGCAGCUCGGGCACCGGGAGGAAAGCGGGCCGGAUCCGGGUCGCCGCUUCCCUCCGAAACGGCACGGCGGCCCAUCCGAACACCAGCGGGCUCGGCCCCGGUUUCGACGCGGCGUUGCGAGUGACCGCGGCGAUCGACAGCAACCUGCGGAAAUUUCGGGAUGUUUUGGGGGAGUCGAGUGGCUCCAGCAGCGGGGAGGAAGAAGUAUUUGGAGGCUUUGGUACGGUCAGCGAAAAUGGAAGAAUACAGAGUCCUGGAUGGACCUCAGUUACUCCAACACAGGAGAAGAAGCCCAGAGGUCGCCCCCCAAGAGCAGCGACUGUACAGAAACUGGCAGGUGUUGAACCUAAGCCUCUGCCUGUCCUCACAGCUCCACCCACAGAGAAGGUGAAGCGGCCGCCCGGUAGACCCCCUGGCUCUGGCGAAAAAAGAAGAGGUCGUCCUCCUGCAUCUGCCACCCAGAGGAGCUGGUCGCACAGUGGCCAUGUGCUGCCCGAUGAAGGGAAGGAUCCUGCGCUGGAGCCCUGCCCAAGUCCAGCACUUCACAAGGAUGCGGAGGACGACAAGGAAAGAAAGGCCACAAAACGCACACCCCUGGGGCCUGUCGCGCAGCAGGCAGCUGAGGCCAAACUGCCCCGAGUGGGCUGCGAAUCAAGGGUGACCAAACUGAAGCGACUCCGAGAUGUCAAGCUGAGUCCCCUUAAGUCUGGACUCUUGAAGGUUGUCCCAGUCCCUGUGGUGCCAAGGCGGAGACGUGGCAGGCCUCCAUCUGCUGAGCGCCUGAAAGUGGAGGCCACUGCGACUGCUUCCCAGGCUGCUGUCUCCUCGGCCCCGGAGUUGUCUCCUGGAGAGGCUGGCAUUACCAAACAGAAAGCCUUCAGGGUUCGCCCGGAACGAGAUGUGGACCCCCGCACUCCACAGCAUCUCAAGCUCAGGGCCCCUCAUCCUGCUGAUGAACGCACUAGCCCAGAACCCCAUGGAUCCCCACCAACAGUUGACCCAGCCACACCUUCAAAACUCGGAAGACCUUUGGGUUUACGGCAAAGCCCUCGCCAUAUCAAGCCUGUGCGCAUUGUCCCACCUUCCAAACGCACUGAUGCCACUAUCGCAAAGCAGUUACUGCAGCGGGCUAAGAAAGGAGCACAGAAAAAGAAACUAGAGGCAGCAGGGUCUCAGAGUGGGGCAGGUAUUGAGGUUGGGAUUAGGAGGAGGAGGAGAACACAGCUGAAGAACAUUCGCCAGUUCAUAAUGCCUGUGGUGAGUGCGGUUUCCCUGCGGAUUAUUAAGACCCCAAAACGCUUCAUUGAGGAUGAGUCCAACUGUGGAGCUCCACCGCCACACAUGAAAAUUGCACGGUUGGACCCUUCUGCACCAGCAACAGCACCUCAGCCUGCCUCCCCCUCCCCCACUCUUGUUUCUGUUGCUCCAAAUACAACCGGAACCGUGGCCAUCACCGGGGCAGGACCUGCUGUUGAUUCCCUUCCCCCCCCUCCUCCUCCAGCUCCAGCUGCCAGUGCCACUGUGGUUGCAGCAACCAGUCUCCUCAAUAACAACAGCUGCAACAACAGUAACGGACGCUUCAGUAGCAGUGCAGCCUCCUGUGGCUCAAGCGCGGUGUCACAACACUCCUCCCAGCUCUCCUCAGGGGAGUCUUCCCGCUCCAGCAGCCCCAGUUUGGAUGACUCUUCCUGCGACUCCCAGGUUUCAGAUGGCACCCAAGUCCUGUCGGAGGAGCCUGACCACUCUCCCUCUUCUCAGGGCGAGAGGGAGACUAGUCUGCACCAUACCCCACAUCCGCUGUCCCCACCCUCCGAGCCUGAGAUGGAACACUUGUUAAUGGAGCCAAACAGAAGGGGCCGUGGAGGUCAAAGCCUCAGGAGAGGUAGUCUCGUGGCACGUGGUCGGGGCAGUCUGAUCAGUGAUAGGAAAAAGGCCAUCAUCAGCCCAGCCACAGGGGUACUGAUGUCCUCUUCCCAAACAGGCUCUCAGCAUGCAUCAUCUACUGCCUCCUCUUCCUCCUCUCCUCCCCCACCUCCUCUUCUCACCCCACCUCCACCUCCUCAGUCAACUUCAUCGAAUGCAUCAGCCAUCAGUGAACAUCACUCGCACUCUGCAUGGAUCAUGCCACAAUCUAUUGCCUCCUUUUUGCCUACCCCUGCGAUACUCCCCGGUUCUCAUGACAAACGUCGUGCCAUAUUACGUGAGCCCACUUUCCGUUGGAAGUCUUUCUCACGCACAGAACAGCAGUGCUUCUCCUCUGCAAAGUAUGCAAAGGAGGGCCUUAUUCGCAAGCCCAUCUUUGAUAACUUCCGCCCUCCACCACUCACAGCUGAAGAUGUGGGACUAAUGCCUCCUGGUCCAGGUGGAGGUGGUGUGGCACCAGGAGGUUUCCCCACAUCAGGUAGAGCAGGGGGGACAGGUACCAGACUGUUCUCCCCACUGCAUCACCACCACCAGCAUCCCUCGUCUCGGUUUGAGUCGCCACUCCAGAAACGCAUUCCACUGCUCCGUGCCCCCCGCUUUACUCCUACUCCUGAACACUCCCGCAUCUUUGAGUCGGUUACUUUCCCAACUUCCUCAGGGAGAAGUCCUUGCUCGCUUUCUCCUCUCCAGGCCACAUUGCCAUCAAACAGGACUCUACGACGCCGGAAGAGGAGGCAAAUUGGGCUUUCACGUGGACAACCUAGGUCCCCUUCGCACUCUAUGACUACUAGGAGUGGUCAGUCAGGUGCCCAGGCUGGAAAGAGCUCCUCUGAACUGUCUUCACUGACCAGCUCUGUCCCCACAAGUGUAACUGGAAACUCCAGCCCUUUACCUGGGGUUGCAGUCAGUGCCUUAACUCAAGCCCCUUUCAACACCUUCUCAGAAAGUUUUCUUGGCCCCAUUAGUCACUCAGAUGGCCGAAAAGUGGAUGGUUGCCUUGGUGUUGGUGGGAGUUCUGCCUCUUCGUCACAGCUCUUCCCUCAUUUUGCUUCCGGUCCCCAAGGUCAGAGCGCUGGAAAAGCAGGGAGAGAGCGGAGUGUCUCUACUUCAAGAGACUCUCUUCCCAAAGAAAAGGAAAGAGACUCUCUUCCCAAAGAAAAGGAAAGAGACUCUCUUCCCAAAGAAAAGGAAAGGGAGCCAGAGAAAAGUAAGGAGCGUGAAAAGGAAAAUAAAAGGGAAGGGAAAAAAGAUUGGGAGAGAAGAGCGAAGAGCCAUGUUUCAGAAGGGCCAACCUGUUCCACUGCAAGCCUUUUCACUGUGGAUGAUAAGGAUGCUGAUGAGUCGUUCACCCAGAAAAAGACUCCUGGGCAGAAGAAAUCUGUCACAGUUGACCCUAGUGCAGAGGCCUCCCCAGGUGAAACAAGUGUGGUCCAACCAAUAGGGGCAUUGUUGUCCAAGGUACGUCUGUCUAAAAAAGGCAGAUUGUCAGAGAAAGGUGUGGAAGCUGACGCAGUGGAGAAGGACAAGGAUAAGGAGCGGGUGAGUGUAGCCAUCCAGUCUGGGAACACCCCAACCACAGCGUCCCUGGGUUCAGUGCUGGCUCAUGCUGAAAAACAGCCAGUCACUGAUCGGCGUGUGGCAGGACUGUUGAAAAUGGCUAAAGACCAACUCUGCAAGAUAGAGAAGAACAAGUCGCUGAAAUCAGUGGAUCAGCCUAAAGGCCAGGGUCAGGAGAGUGAUUCUUCCGAGACAUCAGUCCGUGGUCCACGAAUCAAACAUGUGUGCCGUCGUGCAGCUGUAGCUUUGGGGCGCAACCGUGCUGUGUUUCCAGAUGACAUGCCUACCCUCAGUGCCUUGCCAUGGGAAGAGAGAGAGAAGAUCCUGUCUUCCAUGGGAAAUGAUGACAAAUCUUCAGUGGCAGGGUCAGAAGAAGCUGAGCCAUCCACACCUCCCAUUAAACCAGUAACAAGGCAGAAAACUCUCCAGGAGGCUCCACCCAGAAAGGGCCGACGUUCACGGCGCUGUGGGCAGUGUCCCGGGUGCCAAGUACCAGAGGACUGUGGGGUUUGCACCAACUGUCUCGACAAACCUAAGUUUGGUGGACGCAACAUUAAGAAGCAAUGCUGCAAGGUGAGAAAGUGUCAAAACCUACAGUGGAUGCCGUCAAAGUUUCUUCAGAAGCAAGCAAAAGGUAAAAAAGAUAAGAAGAAAAAUAAAUUGUCAGAAAAAAAGGAUGCACAUCAUUCCAUCAAAUCUCACUGUCCUGAGGUGAGCCCCAAACCAGUCCCACCCCCCUUAAAAGAUGAUCCUCCCACAAAGAAAAGUGAAACUCCACCCCCAGUACAGGGAGAGGACAAACACAAGCAGCGACCACCAUCCCCUCCGCUACCCAGCUCUUCCACCGCCGACCCCCCUACGCUCCCCAGCCCUGACAACUCAAGACAGCCCUUGGCGUCUCUGAGCUCUGCCUCCAGGAAAGAGCGAAAGCAGCAGCCGCAGUCCAGCCCUUCCUUCAGCUCCUCGCCCAUGACUCCGUCUACCCCACCAGCCCAGCACCUGCAGGAGCAAAGCCAAGUUCCCACAAAAAAGGAAACGUCUACGAAGUCGCCACCCGCUGAGCACAAAAAGAAGGCCCAUCACCGUGGUGAGGCUUCGUCUCAUGCACCCUCGGCAUCAGAAGCAAAGCAAAUGAAGAAGCAGACUGCUCGCUGUGCGCCAUCACCAAAGCUGAAAUCAAAGGAAAAGGAGAAGCAGAUGGCCACCAAACCCGACCACAGUACUUUAAACUUCCUGAGCACUCCCUCGACUGGGGGCACAGCCAAGCAGAAAGCGCCCUGCGACGGAGUGCAUCGGAUCAGAGUGGAUUUUAAGGAAGACUGUGACAUUGAGAAGGUGUGGGAGAUGGGGGGCCUCAGCAUCCUCACCUCUGUGCCAAUCACCCCCCGGGUGGUCUGCUUUCUCUGCGCCAGCAGUGGCAAUGUGGAGUUUGUGUUCUGCCAGGUAUGCUGUGAGCCCUUCCAUCUCUUUUGCUUGGGGGAGACGGAACGCCCCCACGAUGAGGAGUGGGAGAACUGGUGCUGCCGGCGAUGCCGCUUCUGUCACACCUGUGGCCGUCAGCGCCAGAAGACUAAACAGCUGCUGGAGUGUGACAAGUGCAGAAACAGCUUUCACCCAGAGUGCCUGGCACCCAACCAUCCUACCAGACCCACCAAGAAAAGAAUCUGGGUUUGCACCAAAUGUGUUCGCUGUAACAGGUGUGGGGCCACCAAACCAGGAAAAGCCAGGGAUGCUCAGUGGUCACAUGACUUCUCCUUAUGUCAUGACUGUGCCAAACACUUUGCUAAAGGCAACGUCUGUCCUGUUUGUGAUAAGUGCUGUGAUGAUGAGGAGAGUAAGAUGAUGCAGUGUGGGAAGUGUGAUCGCUGGGUCCAUGCCAAAUGUGAGAGAGUAACUGACGAGAUGCAUGAGCUGUUAUCCAGCUUGUCUGAAAGAGUGUCCUACACCUGCAUCAGCUGCACAGAGUGCAGGCCGUCCAUGUGGCGCACUACCUUGGAGAACGAGAUUCAGAGGUCUGUGCGGCAGGUUCUCACCGCACUCCUCAACUCCCGCACCUCCACUCACCUACUCCGCUACAGACAAGCCGUGAUGAAGCCCCCAGAACUGAACCCAGAGACAGAAGAGAGUCUCCCUUCACGGCGCUCCCCUGAAGGGCCUGACCCUCCUGUCCUUACUGAGGUCUCUGUGCCCAGCGACUCCCCACUUGACUUGGAGUCUGUGGAGAAGAAGAUGGAUUCAGGGAGCUAUAAAUCUGUGAUGGAGUUCAGUGAUGACAUUGUAAGAAUCAUCCAGACAGCCAUUAAUUCAGAGGGAGGGUUGCCUGAGAGCAGGAAGGCCAACAGCAUGGUCAAGUCCUUCUUUGUCCGGCAAAUGGAACAGGUUUUUCCUUGGUUCAAGGUGAAAGAGUCAAAAUUCUGGGAAACGCACAAAGUCUCUACCAAUAGUGGGUUGCUUCCAAAUGCUGUGCUGCCCCCUUCUCUGGAUCACAACUAUGCCCAGUGGCAGGAGAGGGACGAGAGAGCACGUGCUGAGCAGCCUCUGCUUAUGAAGAUCAUUCCUGCUCCUCGUCCCAAAGCCCCUGGAGAACCUGAGUCCCCCACAGCCCCUUCACCCUCACCACCUCCUCCACAACCUGUACAUGGCUUCAGUCGGGAAAACAGCCCAGGGAGCCCUCCUCUUCCUGCUGUUGGUGACAACAGACAGUGUGUGCUUUGUCUGAGCUAUGGAGAUGAGAACACCAGUGAUUGUGGAAGGCUGCUGUACAUUGGCCAGAAUGAAUGGGCCCAUGUGAAUUGUGCGUUGUGGUCCGUAGAGGUAUUUGAGGAGGAUGAUGGCUCUCUGAAAAACGUCCAUAUGGCAGUGAGCCGAGGCAGGCAGCUGCGAUGUGAGAAGUGCCAAAGAUCAGGGGCCACUGUGGGCUGCGACUUUCCCUCCUGCUCCAGUAACUACCACUUCAUGUGUGCCCGGCAGUGCAACUGUGUCUUUCUGGAGGACAAAAAAGUGUACUGCCAGCGCCACAGGGACUUGAUCAAGGGCGAGGUGGUGACAGACACAGGAUUUGAAGUAACCCGGAGGGUUUUGGUGGACUUUGAGGGGAUCAGUUUGAGACGAAGGUUUAUCGGGGGCCUUGAGCCAGACAAUGUCCACAUGAUGAUAGGUUCCAUGACUAUUGAUUGUCUUGGUAUGCUAACAGAGCUCUCAGACUGUGAGAGAAAGCUUUUUCCUGUUGGAUACCAAUGCUCAAGAGUCUACUGGAGUACUUUGGAUGCCCGCAAACGCUGUGUGUAUACAUGUAGAAUUCUGGCAUGCCGCCCUCUAGUGGCAGACACUGUCAGUAACGGCAUGGCCAUGACAGAGGAUAACCAUACCAUCGCCCACAGCCCACCGCCUGUCUCUGAAAUGAACCCAUCACCCUUGCCUGAUUCCAUUUCUAUUGACCACACCACCACGCCCAUUACACCAAAACCAAAGGUUUAUUUUAGGAACAGACACCCCAGUUAUCCACCCUGUCACCGUUCUCCUUCCUCCAAAACUCUUCCCUCUCCAGGAGGUGUCACGAGCUCAUCCCAUGAGAUUGUAACCAUCGGUGAUCCUCUGAUGAGCUCUGUUUUGCCAAGUAUUGGGUCUCGUCGCCAUAGCACCUCCUCUCUUCCCACUCAACAGCCUGGACAAAGAAUUUCCUUUUCUCCACAGAGGAGUAGUGUAACUAGCCAGAAAGGCUCUCCUUCGUCUGCUUCAACUAUAACCUCAGCGUCCCAGGACCGUGGAAUCAAAGACUCUGUGAAAGGAAAAAUGUCUGGUGUUGAAAGGUCUCAGUUUCAGGUGGCAAACACUGUAAACACAGGAGCUCAGUGUAGACUCAGUUAUGGUUUCACUGACAGAAUGGAUGGUGGUAGAGAUGUUGCCAGAAAGCAGCCGGAAGGUGAGAGUUUAAAAUCGGCUCCACCAGGAGUACUGACUGGAAUGAGUCAGGUGUCCCCUCCACUGGGAACAGCAGUAUUGACUGGGAAUCAGAGGGGAAGUGGAAGUUUGAGAACAGAAAAGGGAAAACAGACCACAAAAGACACCGACCUCCCACCUGGAGUGACUCUCUUGUCCUGUCAUCCACUUGCCACUCUUCUAAAAGAUAAGGCUAUUGCAGUGAAAGAGGGAGGCUUGACCACAGUACCAGAAUCUAAAGAUAUUGGGAAGACUGGCUCUCCCCAACCACUGUACCACAAAAGUAGGAAGUCUAAUGACUGUGUUUCAGGACCAUCCCCUGCUGCAGCUAUUAAACCUUUAUGGUCAACUGUAGUGAAGACAGGAGAGGAGGACAUAAAACGUGGAUCCCAGGCAAGCCCUUCUGUUACAGAUGUUCGUGGAACCUCUAGCACCAAAGAGAAGCGCUCCAAAGUUAAAUUAACAGUGGCCAGGGAUAUUGCAAAAGAGAGAAAAGGUAUGCCUCAAAAUAGUAAGACACAGAUGCACAAUAGCAACUCUAAAGGAUGUAAUAUCAAAACACAUGGUCAAGUACCAUCAUCACAAAAUAAUACCCACAGACCUCUUAGCAGUAACAAGGCUGCAGGCACUGCAGAAAUUAAAUUAGAUAGUCAGAGAAGCGAAAGACCAUUAAAGUCUGGCGAGAGAAUUGGCACAGAAAAAAAGCACAGUUCCGCAUCAGAAGCAGUCCAGCCAAAGGCAGGUUCAGAGCGAAGUUUAAGACCUGCACAGGUUCACCCUAAAUCAAGUAAAGUGCUUACACCAGUGGAGAAGAAGUGCACAGAGAAACUGUCUCUGAUGUCUCAAAAAAUGGAUCCUAAUGGCACCAAAGCUGUCAGCACCUGUUCUGAUACAAAUACUUCUACUUCCAUCUCUGCUGUAAGUCAUGGUCCACAGAGAAGGUCUUCCCGUGCAAUGAUGUUCUCCCCGUCUGCAAGCUCGGAGAGCUCAGAGUCCGACAGUCACAUUCACCCCGAGGACUGUGAAGAGCAUCUUAUGGACCACCAGUCAGCAGAGGAUGAUGGUGAUGGGGAGGAUCAUCAUUUAGAAGAUGAAAGCUUGGCAGACAAACAUGAGGAGGACAGUGAUGGCUCGGCCAGCUCAGCAAAACGGCGAUACCCAAGGCGAAGUGCUAGGGCUCGGUCUAACAUGUUCUUUGGGCUUACUCCAUUCUAUGGUGUGCGUUCCUAUGGUGAGGAAGAUAUUCCCUUCUACAGCACUGGGGAUAUUCCCCUAAGGAAGCGCUCAAGCAGCAGUAAGCGAUCAGCUGAAGGACAGGUAGACGGGGCUGAUGAUAUGAGCACGUCAUCUUCUGCUGACAGUGGAGAAGAUGAGGAAGGAGGGUUUGGGUCAAAUAAGGAUGCAUACUAUUACAAUUUCACACGAACCAUCAUAAACCCCAGCUCAAGUCUUCCAAGUAUUGAGGGCAUUGAUCAGUGCUUAGGAAGAGGGUCGCAAAUCCACAGGUUCUUGAGGGAUGGAGCCAAGGAAGGUCAUUCUGAAAGUGAUGAAAUGACUGCAAAAGCCAAGACUUUGGAGUGCCAACAGAUAGGCCAGCUAGAUGGCGUGGAUGAUGGUUCUGAAAGCGAUGCCAGUGUGAACACCAGCAGCACUACCACUGCUACCACUUCCUCUACACUUAAAACCUCAACGAAGAAGAGGGGUCGAGACAGUCGAGCAGAGAAACUGAACAUCAGUACAGGAAAAGAUGCUACAGGUGGGGGAAGCAGCCACAGUCGUGAUGGUCGCAAAGGUCAGAAGGAUAACUGCCUGCCUUUGGGAAGUGUGAAAUCACAGGGUCAGGAUCCUCUUGAAACCCAGCUGUCACUCAGCACCGACCUCCUUAAGUCUGACUCGGACAAUAACAACAGUGAUGACUGUGGUAAUAUCCUUCCUUCUGAUAUUAUGGAGUUUGUACUUAAUACUCCUUCAAUGCAGACUCUGGGGCAGCAGCCAGAGGCUCCCUCCACUGAACCAUUUUCCUUGGAUGAAGGCUAUGGAGUUGAUGUCAACAGAAGGAAGGAUAUACUGUUUGAAGACUUUACACAGCCACUGUCCAGCACAGAACCUGUAGAAGGUGGAGUUAACACCUCGAUCACAGUAGAGGAACCAUAUGUCCUCCCUUUGGAGUUGCCGUCUGAUCUCUCUGUCCUAACAACUCGUAGUCCAUCUGUAAAUAACCAAAAUCAUGGCUCACUCUUGAAUGAGAGCUCUGAGCGCACUAUUUUGACCCUAGGUACAGAGGACUCUGGAGUUGAGAAAAGUGGUGACAAGCAAAGAGCAGUGGGUGCAGUAUCCAGUGAGAGCCCACGUGAAAGUGGUGGAGAUUCACAGGUGACAGAAGGGCACAUGACUCCAGAACAUUUCAUUCCCACCCGCAUUGAUGGAGACCACAUCUCAAGUCCUGGAAUAUCCCAAGUGGCAGAAGCAGGGAAUCAGGAUUUGGCCAGAACAUCUGGAACACCUGGCUUGCCAAGUUCACCUACUUUGUCUCUGCAGGGUCAGAAGUUUAUUCCAGCUGCCACAGUCAGCACAGGUCCCAGUCAGAUUGCAAGCUCUGCUGUUCAGUCCACCCCCUCUCAUUUGAAACCUGGUCCAGAGAAACUGAUAGUUCUCAAUCAGCAUUUACAGCCUCUCUAUCUAUUGCAGACUCUCCACAAUGGUGUAACUCAAAAGAUACAGAUUGCGCCAUCUGUCACAGCAACGGGUGUCAUGAACACCAGUACUCCUGUUUUAACAGGCCUCAACGCUGGGAUCCCUACUUCUCAGUCCAUUUUUUCUGCUAGUGGCAAAGGAUUGGUACCUGUGCAUCAUCAUUCACAACUUCAUGCUUUCACUACCACCACCCAAACAGGUUUCCAACCAGUUAUUCCCAGUACCACAUCGGGCCUCCUUAUUGGUGUUCCUUCUCAUGAUCCCCAGAUUAUUGCAUCUGAAGCUGGACAGAGACAUGACCUGGCCCCCAGUGUUGCUAUGGUGUCCAGUGCAUCGUCCAUUUCUCCUACACCUGCUGUGCUUUCCACUGCACAUGGCAAGAAGCGCCCUAUUUCUCGCAUCCCACCUCGGAAAAUAAAGAAGCUAGCUCGUUCCAGAAGCCAACCCACACUGGCACCAUCAGAGGUCGGGCCCAACAUGACCCUUAUUAACCUUUCCUCUCCACAGAUUGCUGCAGGAAUCCCUGCUCAGUCAGGACUUGUUGAACUUGGCACCAUCACCACUGCAGCAGCCACGUCUCAUCGCAAAAUGCCCAACAUUAUAAAGCGUUCAAAAUCUGGAGUAAUGUAUUUUGAGCCUGCACUCCUUCCACAGCCAAUGCCAUUCUCUACUAGUCCUCAGCCUAGUCUUCUUGGACAUGAUUCUUCGACUCACUUAUUACCGUGCACCGUAUCUGGACUUAACCCUAAUCAGUCUGUACUGAACGUAGUGUCAAUGCCUCCUACAGCACCUGGGAACCUACUGGGUGCAAAUCCAGUAUCUUUAAGUACUCCAGGUCUCAUUAGCUCUACAGAGAUCACCGGACCCUUAAGCAACCUCCUGUUUAAAGCAAGUCCACAUAAUCUGGGCCUUCCAGAGCAGCAGGUGGUUCUUCAUUCAGGAACCUCCAUGAUGUCACAGAUUGCCAGUCCAGCCCAGACUUCCAUUGCUAGUAACAUCUGUGUUCUUCCACCAAAUCAAACCAUCAAUAUGUCUGUCAGCCAACAGGUAGACAAAGAAGGCAACCUUCAUCUUCAAAACCCAGUUAGCAGAGUUGGGUCGGAUAAGGCCAUUGAUCCCAUUACAAACACUUCUGGCCAAGUCCCUCUUGCCCCCAGUUCCGUCACGCAAGAUGUGACUAAGGGUCGUGUGGGUGGAGUUCUUACACAGAGCUCGCGGACUACACCGAUCUCACGACCAGUAAACCAGCAACAGGUACUCAAGUCACCCGCUGUAGCAGUUUGCACAGCCGUUGGGAAGGGGAAGCAGAAAGCAAAGAGGACUCUGCCAAGUCUAGAUAAGCCUGAUGGAAAGAAGCACAAAGGCCUUCAGUCAGAGACCCAGCCAGAACAACAGGGUCCUCCUGGCUCAGCAAGUCAAUCCUCCUUUGCAGGGCUUAGAGAGAGUGUCACUCCUGAGCCAAUGGAAACAGGAAAGCCUAAUGAAAAGGGCUCAAGAAAGAGUGACUCUGUAACUAGACCAUGUGAAUCCACUCAUAAGCAGAAGGCCAUAGAACCCAAUGAUGAAAAACCUAAGCCUACAGGCCUAUCUGGCCAGAAUAGCGGGACAGGAUCUAAUGUCAUACAAGCCGCCACUCCUGAUCAGAAGGACGAUGGGCAUGACUCCUCUUCAGACUUCAAGCCCAGACAAGGGCUCCUGUUUGAAAUCUGCAGUGACGAUGGCUUUAAGAUCCGCUGUGAAAGCAUUGAGGAGGCCUGGAAAUCUCUGACAGAUAAAGUCCAGGAGGCACGCUCUAAUGCCAAGCUUAAAGAGCUGUCUUUUGAUGGAGUAAAUGGAUUGCGCAUGUUGGGUGUUGUCCACGAUGCUGUGGUUUUCCUGUUGGAGCAGCUUUGUGGUGCCAGGUACUGCAGGAGCUACAAAUUCCGCUUUCAUAAACCAGAAGAGGUAGAUGAGCCUCCCAUUAACCCUCAUGGAUGUGCACGUUCUGAAGUCCACCACAGGAGGUCAGUGUUGGACAUGUUUAACUUCUUGGCAUCCAAACAUCGACAAGCUCCUGAAUACAACCCCCAAGAAGAAGAUGAAGAAGAGAUGCAGCUCAAAUCUGCACGACGGGCAACCAGCAUGGACUUGCCUCUGGCUAUGAGGUUCAGGCACUUGAAGAAAACAUCCAAAGAGUCUUUGGGUGUUUAUAGGUCUGCUAUACAUGGGCGAGGUCUAUUCUGUAAAAGGAAUAUUGAUGCUGGGGAGAUGGUGAUUGAGUAUUCUGGUAAUGUCAUUCGCUCUGUCCUCACUGACAAACGAGAGAAGUAUUAUGAUGGCAAGGGCAUUGGCUGCUACAUGUUUCGCAUUGAUGACUAUGAGGUGGUUGAUGCCACCGUUCAUGGCAAUGCAGCUCGUUUCAUCAACCACUCGUGCGAGCCCAACUGCUACUCUCGCGUGGUCAACAGUGAUGGGAAGAAGCACAUUGUCAUCUUUGCUAUGAGGAAGAUAUACAGGGGCGAGGAGCUCACAUAUGAUUAUAAGUUUCCCAUCGAGGAACCAGGCAAUAAGCUGUCUUGCAACUGUGGGGCCAAAAAGUGUCGGAAGUUCCUCAAUUAACACUUGUUUUUUACUUUUGCCUGAACCCUCUCCUCUCAAACAAACUGUCUUUAGUCUAAUGUCGACAGUAUGUUUAUUUUGAGUAAUAAGGCUAUUUAUUGAAACAGGCUCAGGUUUUUCAGAGGGAUAAUGGCACUGUGCCUCAAGUUGAUUCAGGAAAGGUUUCAAGAGCAAAGUCACAAUGAAGAAAAGGACUGCCUUCAGUGAAUUCCCCCUCCC